AUGCCAAUUUACGUGAUUAUCAAAAAAUAUGACAUCAGAGCUGAGAAUAUCUUAAUUACCGAUAACGAUAUAGCAAAAAUUGCGAAUUUUGAAGCAAGUAGAUCAAUAAAUAAUUUAACAAGAAAUCUAAAAGCAACGAUAGAUAGAUAUUGCGCUGCUGAAAAAUUAUUGUUAAAGAAAAAUAUGAUACAAAGUGUGAAAUUUAUAGCUUUGGUGUUGUCUUCUUUUGCUUCUCCUUUAUCAAAAGAAUAUCGUGAGCUUGCAGAACAAGAUACAUUCCAAAAUGAUGAAUUACCAUCACAAAUUUGGAUAAAAAAAUCUAUUAAAAAUAAAUUUAUCACAGAUAUAAAAUGGAAUGAUUUAGUCGAGUCGGUAGGUACGGGUCGUUUUGGAGUUGUAUAUAAAACAUAUUGGAAGAAAGUGAACAAAGAAGUUGUUUAUAAGAGACUUAUCUUAGACAACAUUGAUGCAAUUCAACACGAAAUACAAAUACAAACUAGAUACCAGAAGGCAACAUUUAUUGCAUUGGCAUUGUUAUGGAAUAUGCUGAUGGUCGUGACAUAUCUAACAGAAAAUUUUCGAACUCUUGAAUGGGAUAAAAAGUUACAGCUAGCUUUUGAUUAUGGAAACGCAAACAAAUCAAAUAUCCAUAAUGAUGUUUUUGGAAUAAUUCCAUAUUUGUCGCCAGAGUUAUUUAAUUCAAAUAAUCAACUUCCAUCAUAUUCGGCUAAAACUGACAUUUAUAGAGACAAAGAAAAAGUAAUUCCGAAUACGCCGUAUUAUUGUGAACUUUAUAUUUCCUGUAGGGAUACAGAACCUGUGAAAAAACCUGAUAUCGAACAUGUUCAUUUAGAGUUAUAUAAUAUGUUACAUAAGGAUGAUGAAAAUGAUGGUGAAAAUACAAUAAAAUUAUUCGAUCCACAAUCUUCAGUAAUUAAACAUGCACAGCUCAAACGAGACUUCCGAAAAUCAAAAAUAUAA